UUGCUUCUUAUACAGUUCGCUUAUAAUAGCGUAGAUAUAAGCAUAAUAAAGAAAUCACUAUUCUUCAUACUCUAUAAAUAUAAUCCAACAGCUUACUACAAAGUAUUGCUGGGAGUAGAUGCAGAAGCUGCGGAUAAAAGAGUUAAGAAGAUUAAGAAAGUUCAGAAGGAAUUCCGAUCAGAAUUACAAUUCUAUAUAAACUCUAAAAGGAUUGAGAAACUAAUUCUACAGAAGGAAGAUAAGAUUUAUCUACUUCGAAAAAAUAUCAAAAUAACAAGAUCUAGCAAUAAACUCGAUUAUAAGAAGUUAGAACUAUUCAAAAUCUUAUAA